GACCGCUUCCCUGCAUGCUUUGCCCCGCCUGAGUCCAAUUGCCACACGCGCAUGCGUGUCUCUGGUGCCUGCCCUCCCUACCAAAGCCAGAAGCCACGGGUAUUUGUAGCAGAGUGAGCCGGAAGUCGCCUUGCCUGCCCACUUCCAUGCUGUACCGUCGGGAAUUCAAGCACUGGAAGAGAGGUUCCGGGGCUGGGCUGGCCUGACUGGAGGCGGCGGAAUGGAGACGCGGACCCAGGACUGGGGCCUCACCCGCCGCCUCACGCUGGCCUCUUCCUGGGGUGCUGCAGGCGGGGCCCUGACCCACAGCCUCCUUCUCACCCGAGCCGGUCUUGGCCCCCGUGACUUCGACUGGGAGGAGCUGCCGGCGUCGCCUGCUCCAGGCCAGGAUCUGGUGAUUUUGAAGAGAAGCUUGACCAACCAAGAUGAAAAUCCUUGCUUCCUUUACCUAAAGUGUGGCCCUGAUGAAGGUGAAGAAAUUGAUUCUGUUGGCAUUUUAAGUUCAGCAAGAAAUAUGGAAGUGUACUUUGGGAAGGAAUACUGUGGAACCAGUAGGGGCAAGAGUGUUUGUACUGUUCUGGAUGACAGUGAACAUGAAAAGAUUAUUUUGUACAAAAAAUAUCUAAAAUUGGAGCCCUCCAGACAUGCUUGUAAAGUAAAGUUGCUCUCCUUUGGCGAAAGGCAGUGUGUGUUCAUCAGUAAAGUUGUGGUACACAUGAGAUCAGUGUUGGCAAGUUCUUCAACAAGUUCUCCUGCUCUAGGAUCAAGGAUAGACCUUCACAAAGUCCAAACCAUGAUGGAGUCCAUGGGGUCAAAGUUAUCUCCUGGAGCUCAGCAGUUGAUGGAUAUGGUUAGAUUUCAGCAGCGGAAUUGUAGUCCCAUUGGAGAGCAGCUUCAUUCGGUGUUGGCCAAUACUGGAUACAAGCACAUGCUUGGACUACAAUCCUCAGCUACCUUAGGAUCCUUAGACAAGUCAUCCUCCACACCUUUUCCUUUUAGAACUGGAUUGACAUCUGGGAACGUGACUGAAAACUUACAAACUUACAUUGAAAAAAGUUCACAGCUACCUGGUGGAGAGAAUUCUACAAAGCUUGAUGAGUGUAAAAUUGUGCCUCAAAACCAUUCCCCUCUUGAAAAUGAUCUUAAAAAUGCAAUGUCUUGUUUCUUACCAAAGAAAGCAAGUGACAACUCAAAUAUACCUAACUCUGAGUUGCUGCCUUUUCUCCAGAAUUUAUGUAGUCAAGUUAACCGUCUCCGUGUGGGAAGUAAGACCGAAUGUCAGGAAAACUUCACCAAGCAUGGUGAACACAUUCUUGGUGUUGGAAUGGAAGAGCAACCUGUUUUUUCCUACUUGGAAAAGAUUCUUUCUAAAAAUAUGGAACUGAUGGAAAAGAAACUUAUGGAUUACAUUGAUCAGCGAAUAUAUAAACUCCAGGAACACAUUGAUGAUAAGAUUGCUUUGUUAAUGGACUUGCUGCAAAAUCCCAACUCACCGCCCACUGGGAUGCCUCUAAGACAUUAUGACUCUGGAGAAAGACUUUCAAAUGGCGAAAGAUAAGCACUCAUCAUAAAACAGUGUACUGCAGAUAUUUUUUACAUAUUUAUUACAAUGCCAAAACCCAAAAAUAUUUAAGAAAAGCAAGUAUUUAAUGUCCUUUUAGGGAUCGUUGUCUCAUAUAAAGUGACCUCAGUUUUCAUUUUUACUACACUUGUUAUUUUAAAUCCAGUAUUGUACACUGAGUUAAUAUGAUACAGUCAAAUUACUUUUGCUCAUAUUUUUCAGUCUUACAGAAAUUUAUGUAUACUUGUGUUUAAAAUGCUUAAAGAUUUCUAAUAUAGUUCAUUAGUUUGUAUUGUAUAUGUGUUUAAGUAUAAAUUUUAUUUAUAUAAAUAUUUUAUAGUCUUAGAAAUAUGAAAAAUGAUCCUUAGAGUAUUUGAUUUUUUUUUUCUUUUUCUAAUUAUCUUGGGAAAUUGGAUACUUCAGACUUGGAGCCUUUAAUUCAGAUUAUCGAUUUACAUUUUGUAUUGUUUAUCUGAGAUAAUAAAUAAGGUAUGAUAUUUGGGAUGUGUAAAAUUAGUUCACUCUUGGGCUGUUAAUACUAUUUGUUUCAUUACAGAGUAGCUCUAGGUAGGAAAGUAAACAUCAGAACCAGCCUAGUCCUUGUUAGGAUUAGUACUUGGAUUUAAUGUUUCCUGUAAAACAGGGGCAGUCAUCUUGUUUGACCUCAGUAACCCCAGACAGUAUAAGAAAACCUCUUCUUUUGAGCUGAUACAGGUUUUCUCCCCAGAAUUCUUUUCUGGCAUGUUUAUUGUGUGAAAUACUGAGGCUCCGCAUGGAAGGAUUAACACAUGUGAGUCAAGAGAUUGCAAUUCUCUCUGGUAGACUUAGUUUUCUGAUUUUAUAACUAUUGUAUAUGUGUUGAAGGGUGAUAUAUUCGCAUAUAAAAAUAAAUAUACCUGCUCUGGAAACUACUUGUCUUUA